AUUAACGUGCUCAAAACUUGCUUAAUUAUUAGUCACCCCGCUGGCCAGCGGACCGUGUCUCCCUAAAACCGGUGAAUCUAUUCAGCGAGGCUCGUCCAGUGUGAGUACAGUCGACGGCCGGCGCGCACUCGUUAUAUUAAAAGGCAGGACAAGUAUUAAAAUGACGGUAUCGAGAGGAAAAAUCUUGUUCGGGACUUGCAACACCGUACUCUUCUGCUGCGGGUUUGCGAAAGUGGUUUGUGGAUUUCUGCUUCUGAGUGAUUCAAAACGAAUCCUUUUAUCUCGCCUACUGGUGUCCCCCGACACCGGCCUGGAGGAGCCUCCCUUCUACUACCUGGCCCUGGCACUCCUUGCCACGGGACUCACCGUGUGUGCUGUCAGCGCGUUGGGCGUCUGGGCCGCUUACUUGCCGGGUUACGCUAUUUUAACCGUCUAUUUCCUCCUGGUCGUGGGACUGUUGGUGUGCGAGUGCGCGGGCGGCGCGGCGGCGGCCACUUGGCCUCGUUGUGUGGGCGGCGGAGGAGCGGGACGGAGCCCGGGAGGCGCCGUCGGAGCCCUACAGGGACACUACGCCGUGCCGGACUACGAGCACUUCACUACUGCCGUUGAUCUUGCUCAGACUGAGCUGAAGUGUUGCGGCAUGACGGGCGCGCGUAACUACGACCUGUCGUCGUGGCAGCUGCGGCGGCUGGGUCCGCGGGGUCUCUCCGCUCCUCUCAGUUGCUGCGUCCAGCGCGCCGGAGGGUCCUACCUGGACCCCGCGCCCCUCAACGGUUCGCGAUGCCAGGAAGUCACCGAAAAUGAGUACAGGCACUCCUCGGGCUGUCUGUCAAAGAUCGAGGCCUGGUACCAGCAGCAGUACCUGGUGUUCAUGCUGUCCCUAUUCAGCGUGGUCAUUUUCAAGCUGGUUAUAUUGCUGAGCACCGUCUACUCGUGCAUCCAUUACCGGAAACGCCGCCAGGACGUGCACUUCAUCAUCCAGCAGACGGAUCGGAAGUCGAUGCCGCACGAGCCGAUCACGGCGAAGUACGUCCAGCCCAACAACUAUUACAGUCCGCGGGUCAGGAACCCGAGGAUCUUCCGCGACAAACCCAACGAGAUGGUAUGAGAAUUAGCCGCGGAGAUCAACGCCCUGGAGAGGAAACUGGACAAGUUCUCACAAAUCCUGUACAAGCACGAAGCCGAUUCUAUCAUGUGGUGAAAACUACCACGAGCUGCCGGGCGGGAUCCACACUGCGACCUCGGUUUAAGGAGAUUGAACAACCGCAAUAAUAACUUAAGCUCGUCGUAGUGUCCAGGAACAGAUCAGUCCGGGAGCCGUGUCGCCGCAUAGUGUCCAUGUGCCAUAAGUAUCUGCGAACUGCGCCUGUGAACUUUCUCUCCGGAGUGUUUUUCUGCCGCUGGAAGGGUCGGGGUCGCCGACCGAGCCCCGCGUCCUCGGGAGGCCGCGGCGGACGGAAAUAAAAGACAUCAUCUCAA